CCAUUGUGAAGUUUUAUUAUCAUUGUGUUCCGCUAAAGUGAACUGAAAGUAUUUUCAAAUAACUAUGGCAGAAAGAGGUGUAGAUGAUAUUGCCGGAACAUCUAACAAACACGUGGUUGCAAGGAAAAAAUCUAAACCUCCAAAAACUCCAGCCGAGAGACAGCGAGCUUACAGAUUAAAAGAAAAUUAAUGAAGGAAGCCCAAAAUAUUCUGGCAAUCAACCAAUCUUUUUUAAGUUAAGUAAACUCUUUUUGCGUCUGGUUAGACUAUUGAACUUAAGGAGUAAACUCCAGUCGUGCGUCGGAGCUGACACACACAAUUUUUUGCAGAUCGUUUUGUUGUUAAGAAAAUAAUGGCUUUUAAACAUGUCCUAAAACUUUCCAGCAUCAGUGCUUUUAUAGAUGACACAACAAAAUUAUAAAAAGGGGUGAAAACGCCUUAGCGUCCAGUCAUGUGAAGAAAAUGGACCUAGACUCUUAUUUGCAGGUAAUCAGAGGGGAAGUAUUUGCUAGUAUGAAAGACAAAAGCUACAAGGUAUCUAUAGUGUUGGAAAAGAAUGGUGACAUUAAAGAAGCCACCUGCACUUGUCCCAAGGGUAUAAAACGCCAACACAUUGCGGCGUUGGCACUUUUUGGGCACUACAAUAUAUCUGUAACAGAUAAAGCAUGUGCACGGAAGGCACUAGCUAAACCGAAGGUUGGGCCAGUGAAAUCUGCAGAAGAGCUUUACACACCAAAGCCCUAUACACCUCUUGAAGGUGGGGUACCAGAAGCAUCAAUCAACAGAUUGAAGGAAGGUCUACACAACUUUGGAAAUACUGUUGGUUUUAUCUGGCUAUUGAACGAGGAAUCAAUAAAUUUUCUGGAAAAUGGAUUUCCGGUAAUUGAAGAAAUAAUUUCUUGCAAGGACUUUUUGGAGGCCACAUUUAAACUGACUGUGUUCAUAGAAAAAUGUACUAGCCAGGUGUCAAAUGAAAAAUUAUAGUCUUUUCAAAAAUGGUAUUCUAUGUAGAAUUUUCUUACUUUAGUUUAAUUUGACAUACAUUUUUUAUUAUAAUCAAUUCAUUAUUUUUCCUGGUAAGUACAAUUUGGAUGGUAUCAAAGCAAUCCAGUGGGGUAGAACUCAUGAAAAAUAUGCUCUAGAUCAUUUGAAGCAGAUUUAUAAUUUAAAUGUUCGGCCAACUGGAGUAUGGCUUGCAAAUUCAGGACUUCUUGGUGAUAGCCCUGAUGGAAUAAUUGAUGAAGAAGAAGCCAUUGUAGAAGUGAAAUGCCCAUAUUCUUUCAGAAAUGAUAAGUUAUCCGAAAAAUUGAAGAAUUUUAAUAAAUAUAUAGUUUUUUUAUGACGAUGAUGGUAACUUGAUUUUAAAGUCACAAUUAUUAUCACCAAAUUCAAGGAGCUUUACAUAUUUUAAAAAAGAAAAAAUGUUACUUAUGUAUUUAUACCUUGAAGGAAACAGUUGUGACUAUUGUACAAUUUGACGAUUCAUGGAAAGAAAACAUUUCACUCUUGGAAAAUUUCUAUAUAGAACAAAACUUACAAAAGUUGUUAGACAAUUAAAUAAAAAUUAUUGACAUGUUUUUCAAUGUGAUUUUAGGUUAUUCUACAGUGUUAGCAGAUAGAGUAUACAGUUGGAAAAAUCUUUAAUAUUCAUUUUAGAUUAAAAAACAAUAUACAAAUAUACAAAUUUUUAUUCAGCAAA